AUGGAGCAGGAGGUGGUAAAACGCCAGCAGAUGAAUGAAGCCUUCCAAAAAGCGCUCAGAGAAAUCGGAGGAAUCAUUACUCAAGUCGCGGAUGGAAAUCUUUCCACGAGAGUCCAAAUCCAUCCACUCGAGAUGGAUCCUGACAUCACGACUUUCAAAAUCACGAUCAACACCAUGAUGGAUCAGUUGCAAGUAUUCGCCAGUGAGGUCUCCCGAGUAGCACGGGAAGUGGGUACAGACGGUAUAUUGGGCGGCCAAGCCCAGAUCGCUGGGGUGCAUGGCGUCUGGAAGGAGCUCACCGAUAACGUGAAUAUCAUGGCGUCCAACCUCACGGACCAAGUCCGGGAGAUCGCCCUUGUUACGACAGCAGUAGCCCACGGCGACCUCAGUCAGAAGAUCAAAAGACCUGCCAGAGGUGAGAUCUUCAAUAUUCAGCAGACCAUCAACACGAUGGUGGACCAACUCCGUACGUUCGCCACAGAGGUUAAUCGUGUUGCGCGGGACGUUGGGUCCGAAGGCGUCCUUGGUGGACAAGCACAGAUUUAUGGCAUCCAGGGAAUAUGGAAUGAGCUCACUGUCAAUGUCAAUGCAAUGGCAAAUAACUUGACGACACAAGUUCGUGAUAUCGCUACAGUAACAACUGCAGUCGCAACAGGGGACCUCACACAGAAGGUUCAAGCUGAAUGCAAAGGCGAAAUCCUUGCACUGAAGGAAAUUAUCAACUCAAUGGUCGACCAACUCCGACAGUUCGCACAGGAAGUCACCAAGAUAGCGAAAGAGGUUGGCACAGAUGGUGUUCUCGGAGGCCAGGCGACAGUUCACGAUGUUGAAGGAGUCUGGAAGAACUUGACAGAGAAUGUCAAUAGGAUGGCAAUGAACCUAACCACCCAGGUACGGGAAAUAGCAGAUGUUACCACGGCUGUGGCCAGGGGUGAUCUUACGAAAAAGGUGACCGCUAAUGUCAAGGGCGAAAUUGCGGACCUUAAGCACACGAUAAACGACAUGGUUGAUCGUCUGAACCAAUUUGCGUUUGAGGUCUCCAAAGUUGCACGCGAAGUCGGAAUUGAUGGAGCACUGGGCGGCCAGGCUGUUGUCGCCAAUGUCGAGGGAGAGUGGAAGACAUUGACAGACAACGUGAAUACAAUGGCUCAGAAUCUAACCUUCCAAGUCCGAGCGAUAUCAGAAGUUACCCAGGGUAUCGCUAAAGGUGACCUUAGUAAAAAAAUAACGGUUCAUGCCCAAGGGGAAAUUCUGACAUUGAAGGAAACAAUCAAUGAUAUGGUCCGCCAGCUGGAUCAAUUCGCCCAAGAACUCAAGCGAGUCGCACGUGAUGUAGGCGUGGAGGGCAAAAUGGGAGGACAGGCAAACAUUGCCGGCAUGGGUGGUCGAUGGAAAGAGAUCACCGAAGAUGUCAACACUAUGGCGGAAAAUUUGACCUCGCAGGUUCGUGCAUUUGGAGAAAUCACAAAUGCAGCCACAGACGGAGAUUUCAGCAAAUUGAUCACCGUUAGCGCAUCUGGGGAGAUGGACGAGCUCAAGCAAAAGAUCAACAAGAUGGUUUCGAACCUACGCGAUAGUAUUCAGCGCAACACUGCGGCUCGCGAAGCAGCUGAAACAGCCAAUAGAAGUAAAUCAGAGUUCCUUGCCAAUAUGAGCCAUGAGAUUCGAACACCAAUGAACGGAAUUAUUGGCAUGACCCAAUUGACUCUUGACAUGGACAAUCUCCCACCAGAUGCAAGAGAGAUGUUAAAUGUUGUCCACAGCCUCGGGAAUAGCCUGCUCACGAUCAUCGAUGACAUCCUCGAUAUCUCAAAGAUUGAAGCAAACCACGUGGUUAUAGAGGAUGUUCCUUUUAGCCUUGGCAGCACCGUCUUCAACACCCUGAAGGCCCUUGGGGUGGAAGCCAACGAAAAGGCCUUGAGUCUUACAUACAAUAUUGACAAUUCCGUGCCCGACUAUAUUGUCGGAGAUUCUUUUCGUCUCCGACAAAUCAUUCUCAACCUAGUUGGUAACGCUAUCAAAUUCACUGAGCAUGGAGAGAUCCAACUUGCGGUAAAGCAGCGGAAGUUCAAGGGACGUCAUCUCCAAAAAUGUAUCCUUGAGUUUACUGUUUCUGAUACCGGAAUUGGCAUUGACGAUAGUAAGCUGGACUUAAUAUUUGACAAGUUUCAGCAGGCCGACGGUUCCACGACCCGAAAGUUCGGUGGCACAGGUCUUGGCCUGUCGAUAUCAAAGAGACUCGCGAAGCUUAUGGGCGGUGAUAUCUGGGUCACGUCAGCUGUGGGCUCCGGUAGCACCUUUCACUUUACAUGCGCCGUUAGACGAGCAAAUCUGUCUUCCGAGGCUAUAGCCCAGCGGUUGAUGCCUUACCGGGGCCACGGAGUACUUCUUACAGAGAGCUGUGUCGAAGGCCGUUCGAUGCAACUAUGCAACAUGCUAGAGGCACUCGGGUUUCAUCCCGUUAUAAUUCCCGCUUCCCAUGUUCUGGCUCGGGGCAGUUCUGACCAACCUCAACCGCUCGCAAGAUCCGAUUUUGAAGUCAUCCUGUUUAGGCAGUUGGAGACUUUGAUUGGUCUAAGAUCCUUGGAUGAAUUCAAAUCCAUUCCUGCGGUCCAAGUGGGUCCUGCGAUCUCAGUGAGCAUGAAGUCGGCUUUGGAUCUAAGCAUCACAUCAUAUGUGUCCACUCCUUGCCAUAUUGUCGACCUUGGGAAUGGUAUUCUCCCUGCAUUCGAGAGCCGGCCGUCACGUAUCGUCAAGGGACAGACGCAUCCUUUAUCAAUCCUGUUGGCCGAGGACAAUGAGGUCAACCAGAAAGUAGCUCUCAAAAUUCUUGAGAAACACAACCACCAUAUUACUGUUGUGGAUAAUGGAUUGGAUGCCUUCGUGCGAGCCAAAGAACGGGAAUACGAUGCGAUUUUAAUGGACAUUCAAAUGCCAAUUAUGGGCGGGCUCGAGUCCACCGCUAAAAUUCGAGAGCAUGAACAUAAGAACAACCUGGCACACACGCCGAUUAUUGCUCUCACUGCCCAUGCUAUGUUUGGCGACCGAGAGAAAUGCAUUGUGGGGGGAAUGGACGGCUAUCUAUCAAAGCCUCUUAACCCAGAUCAGAUGAUACAGAUGAUCCUCAAGUGCACCACGGAGAGGGGUAUCGAUAAAAGCAGGCCGCAAUCUUACUAG